GAAGAAGAAUUACUCAAUUUCUCAAUUCUCAUAGCAAGAUUUUAGGGGUGCCCAUUUCUUUUUUUAGUGCAAGUCCCCCACUUCGAUAUCAAAAGAGGAAAGUUCAAGUAUGAUCAUUCAAUAUUAAGGGAUAACUAGCUUCAUCAGUUGAGGCUCUCCUUCUCCCUACUUACUGGAGAUUAUUUUGGUGGGAGCCGUGGUGGCGUCAAAUAUGCUUAAAUGGGGUCGUAGGAUAUGCUUUCAUUCACUGGAUCGCACUCUCCAGAAUUCCGUUUUGUCAAACUGGAUGCUCGCUGUAUCUGAUGUAAGCAAAUGGAAGGGAAUAUAUCGUCUGGAUAUAUGAUUCCAGGUUUACCUUACGGGGUUUUAGAUUUGCAAGGACCUAUGCAUGUUACUCAUCAACAACACCCACAAACCCUCCAUCAACAACACAACUCUCAUAAUCUUCAAGGAUCCAUGGUUGAUCCUCCAAUUUGUGAAAAUUUUCCCAUGUCAGUUGGAAACAUGCAUGAAUGUGAGCAACCCAUGGGGUUGAUGAAUUACAACAAAGGAGAUAAAGGGAAGAUUUGUACGAGUGAGGAGGACGAACCAAGCUUCAAUGAAGAUAGUAUUGAUGGGCAUAAUGAAGCUGGCAGAGGGAAGAAAGGAUCCCCAUGGCAGCGAAUGAAGUGGACAGAUAAAAUGGUGAGGCUUUUGAUAACUGUUGUUUCUUAUAUUGGAGAGGAUGCUGUUGGCGACUGCAGUAAUGGGGGAAGAAGAAAAUUUGCCAUUCUGCAAAAGAAAGGGAAGUGGAAGUCAGUAUCAAAAGUUAUGGCUGAGAGAGGAUGCUACGUGUCGCCUCAGCAGUGUGAGGAUAAGUUUAAUGACCUUAACAAAAGGUAUAAACGACUAACUGAUGUGCUUGGCAGGGGAACUUCUUGCAAAGUAGUUGAGAAUCCUGCACUUUUGGAUAUGAUGGAUCACCUCUCAGAGAAAGCUAAGGAGGAUGUUAAGAAAAUUCUGAGCUCAAAACAUUUAUUCUAUGAAGAAAUGUGUUCAUACCACAAUGGAAACCGCUUACAUCUACCUUCUGACCCAGCACUUCAAAGAUCCUUGCAGCUAGCUCUUAGAAGUAGAGAUGAUCAUGAUUGUCAUGAUUCAAGGAGGAAUUUACAAGAAGACUUUAAUGAUGAUGAUGAUCAAGAUGGGGAAGAGGAUCAUGAUGACGAAGCUGAUGAAAAUCACAAUUUACACGGGGAUCAGGCGAUGUUUGGGGUGCCAGGGUGUUUUCCGAAGAGAAUGAAACAAGGGCACGAGUAUGAGGAUUUAAGUUUUGGGAAUCCAUCAAAUUCGCAGGACUGCGGCAAAAGAUCUAAUUCUCAUAUGGUUAAUUCCCCUGUCGAUAUGAAUCAAGUGUUCCCCGAGGGAAGCAAAGGAUCUUGGAUACAAAAGCAAUGGGUGAUGUCUCGUUCACUUCAAUUGGAAGAACAGAAGUUACAUCUUCAGGUACAGACCCUAGAGUUGGAAAAACAGCGGUUCAAGUGGCAGAAGUUUAGUAGGAAGAAAGACAGGGAGUUGGAUAAGCUCAGGAUGGAAAAUGAGAGGAUGAAGCUUGAAAAUGAGCGGAUGACACUAGAGUUGAAGCGCAAGGAGUUAGAGUCUAACUAUAACUGAAUGGCAUGGGUCAUCAUCGUAUACCUAGUACAUGCAGCACAACAUCAGGUACUUACUGUUAGUAACCUUUUAUGUUUACUAAAGCCCUUUGCAUGGAGAUUUCUUGUUAUCUUAUCCAUCUGCAUGUAGUACUUUUGGUGAUGAGUGGAGUUGACUAUCCAAUAUAAGUAGGUUCACCUUUUAUAGUAUUAUGUAGCCAUCAGCUUAUGGUAUGUUUAUAAUGUUGGCAAAAGAUAAAAAAAAGCAUCUCCUUUUGUGCUCUGUGGCUCCUGCAUGUAUGUGCUCUCUCUAAUUAUACGUUUUGAUUGACCAAGAGUCAUAAUUAGGAUCAUAUCUCUGCAAAUAA